AUGCGAGCGAUCCCUUCGACAUUCCAUCUGUGCCUUAAGUUUCCAACCCCUCGUGGAGUCGAAACUAUACAAGGAGACCGCAGGAUGUCGCAAAAAAGAAAGCUGACUCUCGAUGAGAACGCCCCGGAACGAGACUCGGAAGUCUUCUGGCAAUCUCAAAAGGCCAAAGCCCUAGAAGGGAAGCGCGAACCGACUUGCAAACCGGUAAUUUCGAUCUGCCUCGACGAAUCCUCUCCGGAACGAUUUGGAGCCAACCUCCGCGAGCCACUAAAGACAGAGCUCAUCGCAUGUCUCAAAAAGAACCUCAAUGCGGUCGCUUGGGCCGCGGAAGAUAUGCCAGGGAUUGAUAUCGGCAUAACGUGUCAUGAGCUUAACAUCGAUCCGACCUACAAACCCGUCAAACAAAAAAGAGGGAAGCUAGGACCGGAGCGUGCCACCGCGAUCAUGAUGAAUCCUGACGAUCGUGAGAAAACUGCGUUCAUCACCGAUCGGGGAACAUAUUGCUACAAAGUAAUGCCUUUCAGUCUCAAGAAUGCGGGCGCCACUUACCAGCGACUUGUAAAUCGAAUUUUCUCCGAACAGCUCGGCAAGACUAUGGAGGUAUACAUCGAUGACAUGCUCGUAAAGUCUCUUGAUGAGCACGACCACAUCUCCCAUUUGGAGGAGUGCUUUGCAAAACUUAACGCCCACAACAUGAAUGCACAGUCCGAGUCAGUCGGGACGACUUGCAAAAUGGGCAAUCGAACUAAGCGAAUCCUUCACGUCGACGGAUCGUCGUCCAAACAAGGAUCCGGGAUUGGAAUCCGGCUCACGUCUCCGACCGGCGAAGUCUUGGAGCAGUCGUUCCGAUUGGAAUUCCAUGCGUCGAACAACGAGGCCGAAUAUGAAGCACUCGUCGCAGGAUUACGAUUAGUCCAUGGGCUUAAGAUCCGCAACAUUCACGCUUGCUGUGACUCUCAGUUAGUCGCAAAUCAAUACAGCGGAGAAUACGAAGUGAGGGACGAAAGAAUGGAUGCAUAUCUAAACCCCAUCCAAGACCUCUCCCGAGACUUCAACCACUUCGCCCUCACUAGGAUUCCUCGCUCGGAAAAAACUCAGGCGGAUGCCUUGGCCGCACUCGCAUCAAGUUCGGAUUCUUGA